AUGUCCUUCAGUAGUUCAUUCAGCAUGAUGGCUGCGGAUGCUGCGGAUGCUCUCUGCAGCAUCCUGCAUCCACGCCGGUUCUCACUCCUGUUUCUCACCGUCACCCUAUCCUCUCUGCCGGCCCCGACAGCAGCGCUGCUCGGCGUCCGGCCAGAAGACACCCAUAGCGGGGAGCUGUCCGUGCAGGAUGGGAUACUGAGGGCGACCGAGGGGACCCGCUUCAUGCUGAGGGUUUAUUACUCCGCAUCUCCAGCUACGGAGCACCCCAACAGCCUGAACAUCAGCGGCGGACCUGACGCCGCUCCUGCCGCUCCGUGGAUCGCGUUUAUAGAGGAACCAGGCGGAGACAGCGUGGACGCGGAGAGGCUGCUCCGGUCCACAGGGAAUCCAUGCGAAGAGGAGAAUGCCCGGAGCUCUGACAUCGAGCUGCUGGGCUCUUUCAGAUCCACCUCAAGUCAGAACUCAGUUUUGGUGGAGCUGCUCGCUAAAGACCUCCGCAGAGGUGAGGUGGUCAAAUACUACUCCAUGUGCGCGUUCGAUGGAGUGAAAUGGGAGCAUUUCAGCACCAAAGACUUCUGGUUGGCGGUGGUGGAGAGACCUCCAGAGGCAGAUGUUUGGCUCCAGGCGGGGGUCUCGGUGCUCUUGCUGGGGUUGUCUGCGCUCUGCAGCGGUCUGAACAUCAGCAUGCUGGCUCUGGACCCCGUGGAGCUGCGGGUCCUGCAGAACAGUGGCACAGAAAAGGAGCAGAAAUACGCACGGAAAAUAGAGUCGGUGCGUAAACAUGGAAACUACAUCCUUUGCACUGUGGUGCUGGGCAACGUGCUUACAAAUACGUGCUUUGUGGUGUGGAUGUGCCAAAUUUUAGGAAUGACCGCCCUCUCAACUGCCUCAUGCACUUUGGGGAUAUUCUUUAUUGGCGAGAUUUUACCUCACUCCGUGGCGUCCAGGCACAGUCUCGCCAUUGCUUCCAAGACCCUCUGCGCGACCCGGCUGCUGAUGCUGAUGUUUUUCCCCAUCGCCUACCCUGUCUCCAAGAUUCUGGACAUCAUGCUGCACCAAGAGAUCAGCAACUUUUACACCAGGGAGAAGCUGGUGGCCAUGCUGCGCGUCACAGACCCUUACCACGACCUGGUCAAAGAGGAGCUCAACAUCAUCCAGGGAGCCCUGGAGCUGAGGACCAAGACCGUGGAGGACGUGCUGACCCCUCUGUCAGACUGCUACAUGUUGUCCUCGGACGCCGUGCUUGAUUUCUGCACCAUGUCGGACGUGAUGCAGAGCGGCUUCACCCGGAUCCCGGUCUACGAGAACGAGAGGUCCAACAUUGUGGACAUCCUGUUUGUCAAAGACUUGGCCUUCGUGGAUCCUGACGACUGCACUCCCCUGAAAACAAUUACUCAGUUCUACAAGCAUCCCAUGCACUGCGUGUUCAGUGACACCAAGCUGGAUGUGAUGCUGGAGGAAUUCAAGAGAGGUAAGUCCCACCUGGCCGUGGUGCAGAGGGUGAACAGUGAAGGGGAGGGAGACCCCUUCUACGAGGUGAUGGGCAUCGUCACCCUGGAGGAUGUCAUAGAGGAGAUCAUCAAAUCUGAGAUUGUGGAUGAGACAGACCUGUACACUGAUAAUCGGAACAAAAGGCGAGUAUCCAACCAUGAGAGGAAACAGCAGGAUUUCUCCAUCUUCAAACUGGCAGAAAAUGAGCUGAAGGUGAAGAUGUCGCCCCAGCUGUUGCUCGCAACACACCGCUUCUUGGCUACAGAGGUGGAGCCUUUCAGGCCGUGUCAUCUGUCAGAGAAGAUCUUGCUGCGUCUCAUCAAACAUCCUAGCGUUGUGCAGGAACUAAAGUUCAACCCCAAGAACAAACACGCUCCUCAACACUACCUCUUUCAGAGAAACAAACCUGUCGACUACUUUGUCCUCAUUCUGCAGGGACGGGUGGAGGUAGAGAUAGGAAAGGAGGCUCUCCGCUUUGAAAAUGGAGCGUUUUCCUAUUAUGGCAUGCCAGCACUCAUCCCACCCCUGCCUAUCGGUCAGAGGUAUAGUUCCCGGGGCAGCGGUCUCAACCAAUCAGAUUUAUUACUGAGUGGAGGCAGUGUGGGUCAGCUCACUACAGGAGGAGGGGUCUACUUACCAGACUACUCAGUCCGACAGCUCACAGACCUGCAGAUCAUCAAGAUCACCAGGAACCACUACCAGAACGCCCUAACGGCCACCAGGAUGGACAGCUCCCCUCAGACGCCAGAUCCGGUGGACGCUGAUGCUAAAGGGAGGCCUCCGGUCCCAGAGGCCCGCUCGCACAGCAUCGCCCUCCCCCUCACACACACACACACUCGACUGGGGCUGGCUCGCCUUGCACAUCUCCAUCCCCACGGUGGCCUUCGCAACACCUGCCAGCUCAAUGAGAGAAACCGGAUUGUUCGCAGUAAAUCUGAUGGGCAGAGAAGUCCUAAUGAUACCGUGUUCCUCCGCAUGGAUGAGAUUCCCUACAUCAACGAGGACCGACCGGAAAAUUAUGGAGAGGAUGAUGUGCCUACAGAGACUCAGCCGUCCACCUCUCCCUUCAUCAGCUCUCUGUCUCUGUCCAGCUCCGAGGAGAACAUUGGAAAGAAGCUAUUGCGUAAAUUGAGUAACAAGAGGAGAAAAAAGUCUCGGGACGGGGAAAAGAGUUUGGAGGAGGGCUCAGAGCAACUGCCGGUGACGAGCUAGCACAUUGACACAGAGGAAGAGGGGUGAAGGACAUGCUGUCUUCCUCCCUAUCAUUCACUGGUUUUCCUUACCAAACAGCCCCCCCCCCCAUAGACUCCCUCCAUGGUCCGACACAACCCUCACAGGAGACUGAGCCAUCUUAUCUGUCGUAGCCACCAGUAAUACUCAGGUCCCCACUGUCACACCUCUGCCUGACUUCACACCUUUAAAGUGACUAUAAGUGGGACGGAUCUGAAAAAAAAAAAAACUUGAUUGGACAAAUGUAAACAACAUAGUAUUGGAUUUAUCCAGCCUUACACUGUACGCACAGCAGGUUUUCACCAUGUUUUGCAGUAAAUGGGGCAAAUCCUGACUAUGGUACCUUUUUAUAGUAGCUCUGUCUGUACUGUUGACAUUAAAUCAUGACAUUUAAGCCAUAAUGUGUUACUGAAACAGCAGCAUAGCUUGUAAUUUACAAACAAGACUCGACCAGUGCUUCAUAUGGACUCUACAACAAGGUCCUUUGAUAAUAUCUGAGCCAGCUUUACCCAAUCCAAGACUAAAACCAUAUUUAUUCUGUUUGUUAUUAGGAGGCAGUUUCCACUUACUGAAAAUGUUGUUUGCACAGGGAACUGUCCCAAUGUUGCCAUAAGGAUGCCGCCUACUGCCAACACAGCCCGACACACUAGCCCCCGGCUAAACACAAAAAGCCACCAGACAAGAGCACAAUUUUUUUGCCAGAUAAAUGAAAAAGCAUGAAAAAGCCAUAAAUGAAUUCUCAGCUUGAAUGACUUCUUUCUGUAUACACUGACCUCUCAGCAAGUCUUGAGGAGUGCGCACAAUUUUGAAGAUACCCGUGCUAGAAGUAAUAAUUUCUUAACUGAUUUUUUUUAUGGACGUGUUCGAAUUACCAAAAUUAAUUGAAAGGUAGCAAUAUAAGUCAUCGUACAGACUGUAAAUGACUUGAAUUUAUCACCACACAAACCCAUACAGCAAAUGCAUCCUUCCUACAUAAAUGCAUGUGUCUUACAUACAGUCCGUUUGGUGCGUCUCUUCCCAUUAAAACAUCCCCUUCUCUCUGUAGCUGUAUGGGCACAAUUUUAAUGUUUCUAUCAAAACAUCUUCACUUACAACGUUUGAAAAAAAAAAUCAUUAUCCCGUUGUUUGAUUGCAUUUAGUAGGACACGUAGCAAUCAGGUUCAUGCCGUUAGCGACGACAUUAGCCACUUUUAUAUGUGCAGUCCAUCUCUCACAGGGUCAGCCACUAAAGCUGCAUACACCAAUUAAAAUUAAGCUAGGGGUUUUGGAUCUUUGGGGUCUAUGGAUCCAAGUGGAUAUUAUCAGUAUUAUUGAGGAAGAGAAGUUGCUACUUGCAUGUUCGUUUAUGCUGCUUUUUGCUGUAGAGUUAUCCUCCGUAGAAGCCCUGUGUUUCCAUAUGCAUGCUUAAGUAAAGGGAUGCAUGAAUAGGAUGAUACCAAUCUGCAGUAAAUCCUCCCCACAGAGGUGCAGUGUGUGACUUACUGAAAUGUAGAUUUUAAAAUGAACCAGCAGCCUGAGGUUUUGACUAAUUUUGAGAAAACAAGCGACAGGUAUGAUGAAUAGUGCAGGAUAACGAAGUAACACAAAACAGCAAAUCUGCGAUUUUCAUUAGAUGCAGUUGUUGUUUUAACUGUUGUUAUCAAGGCACAAGAGGGCAUCAGAAAGGGUUAAAGGUCACUGUAUCUACUGAAGAGGGCGAAGGGGGCCAUAGAAUGCUGUUCACUGAAGGAAAAUUUGAAGCCAUUGCUCCAGAAAUCAUCUAUUACUGCAAUAAUGAAAUAAUGAUUUGAUCCUCUUCUGUGGUAGCUGCAGCUCAGGUUGGACUAAGCUGAGCUGCAUUGUGACAUCUGACACUGAUCCACAGAGCAGAGAGAACAAGAUAUGACAGAGGAAAGCAAUAUGACGCAUGCUGACGUCAAGCCACCACCUCCCUUCACACACACACACACACACACACAGGUGGUGUGUGGGGGACACUCACUGAUAUAAUUCAUUCUGCCUAGUAAGGCUCUGGAAGUACAAAGGAUACUGCGCUGCUAAGCUGUUCGCAUUGACCCCUCUAUGUACACAGAACAUGCAACAGGAAGUCUUUUCAUCUGACAGCCGACUGUGAGCAAGAGGAUUUGUGUGAAUCAGAAACGCUUUUGAGAUUUUGCAGUUGGUUAACACUGAUUUAUAUUUUGUUUGGGAUAAAAAGGUACGUUUUGUAAUGUAAAAAUUCAAAUGAUUAUAUAAGCUACCCAAA